CUUCUCAGCAAAGGAAGCCCCAGAAAAACCAGAAGUACCAGAAGUAGGACAGGAUGGCUAUUUUUUCUUUUCUGGUGACGUGCAGCUUCCUGGUCAUCUUCAACCUCCAGCUGCACCACACCUACCCUGUCAGCAGCGGCUGGACCUCCCGUCACCUGGACAGCCUCAAGGUGCUCCUUGGCGGACUGGAGGAGGCUCUUGCAGAGCGGAGGGAACACCUGAACAUGGACGCCCGCCCGUGGCCGCCACAGGACGCCGCCAUGGACGAGGCGUCAGUCCGGGAGUUCCUCUCCGCCAAAAACCUGAAGAGCCUCCGCAACAACGGCUCCAAGAAAUCUUCAGGUUGUUUUGGUCGCCGUAUGGACCGGAUCGGUUCCAUGAGCUCCCUGGGCUGCAACAACGUCGGCAAAUACAACUCCAAAUCAACAUGAAGUCUUACCUUCCGGUGACCCCGUGGAACUGCAACGUCUCGACCAAAAGAUGUUUUCUAUGCAUUGUAUAUUUAUUUCCUGAUAUUUAUUCAUCAUUGUUUUGUGCCUUAUGAAUAUAUUUAUUUCAACAUGUUAACACUAAAUUGGCCCUAGUGUGUGAAUGUGAGUGUGAAUGUUGUCCGUCUAUCUGUGUUGGCCCUGCGAUGAGGUGGCGACUUGUCCAGGGUGUACCCCGCCUUCCGCCCGAUUGUAGCUGAGAUAGGCGCCAGCGCCCCCCCGCGACCCCGAAAGGGAAUAAGCGGUAGAAAAUGGAUGGAUGGAUGGAUGUUUAACAUCAUGUUUGCUUUGUGCCCUGAAUAUUUUUAACAAAUGCAAAAAAAAACAGGAUUUAUUUUGUGAGACCCCUCAAAGGUUUAUUUAUUUUAUUUAUUGAAUUAAUGAUGUCAGUUUGUAGAAAUAAUAACAUAAAUGUAACAUGAAUUGUUGAAAUAAAACGUGUCCAAUGUAUUUAUUUAAUGACAAAUAAAAUCUAUUUAUUUCCACA